AGAGGCAGCCACAGCGGCAGCUUUCGCAUUCACAGUUAUACGCUGAUCAUGACUCUGGCUGCGCUGCUGCUGCCAUUGACACAGGCCCGCCAUUUGCACGAUCAGCUGGCGCUAGGCUUUGCCUACGACGACGCGGACAGCUCCAGUGGCAGCGCCAGCCUCAGCCUCAACUCCGGGGACAGCGAGAGCGAGAGCGACAGCAACAGCUCCGAAUCCAGCGACUCGCUGCCGGCCUGGCACGUGAAUCCGUUCCAUGGACUGGCCGAUAGCUUCGGCGAUGCCAGCUACGAUAGCGACGCCAGCAGCAGCAGCAGCGUCGAGGCUGAAACCGACAGCAGCUACGAGAAGAUUGCACAGGCUGCAGUCUAUGCCACAUUGCACGAGCUGCGACGUCAGCGCAUCAGACACCGACGCAGCCAUACGCUGAGGUUCUUUGCCCGAGUGCAGGAGGCCGCGGCGCCCGAGUGGGUGAACCCUUGCGGUGGCGUCUAUCAGCCGGACCAGAGCCAGCCCAGGGAAGCGGAUGUCUCCAGUGCAGCCAAGCGCAAGCAUCUGAUUGCGCUGCGCAACAAUACGCGGAUCGAGUACUGGAACAUCCGGCAAGACGCGAAUCUGGACUACGGCGACAUUCAGGCCUGGCAGCGCGAGUACAAGUUCCUGCCAAACAUGACGCGGCCCACAGAUGUGGUUAAGCUCAAGACCUGGUACCGCCACGUCCAGACAUUCGUGGGAAGCUUCGCGUAUUUGGGCAAGGCGCAGUACAAGUACCACAAGGAUCACCAGCUGCCGCUGGGCCAGAGCACCGAGGAGCUGCACAAGUUGCUGGUGAGCGCACGCAGCGUGCUCUGCGAGAUUGAGACGACCAUCAACGCCUCCUAUCCGUACAGCAAUGUCGCCAAGCUCAGCCAGAUCAGCAGGGCGGCCAUGCUCGAUCGCCUCAAGUUCUACACGCCCGCCGAUGGCAGCAAGGAGGCCGACAAGCGUGAUCUCAAGUUCACCAAACAGCUCUACUAUCAGUUCCUGGACAAUAUGUGGAAAUCGCUGCGCCUAGCGCUGCGCAAGCAUCACAGGGGCAGCAUGGAGCGCAGACAACACGCCGCUUCCGCUUCCGCCUCAGCCAUCUCCUCUGUCGCCAACUCCCGCCAGACGUUCAGUCUGGAGAGCUCCGAAAGCGCCGCCGGCUUAGCGUCCGUGGUGGCGGCGGCGUCCAAUGACAGCGGCUGCCUCAACUCUGCCGAGUGUUAG